AUGUCCCCCGCCUCCAACAACGCUGUAUCUUCCAUCUCCAUCUCCACUUCCACGCACCUCGAGGAGGGGUCCACCACAACGUCUCAUUUGUACAACUCCGGUCAGGCCCAGGGCGCAUGGCUGUUCCCGCAAAUGUCGACCUACGCACAAUCGGCACAGGACCACAUCUCUUCAAGGGUGUUUCCCCUCACAACCUGCCAAGGAGGAAACAGUUACGCGCCUGGUUUGCUUUCUCAUGCUGGCAAGUUAGAGCAGGGACCCAUGGGAUACGGGCAGGGUGAAACCGUCUUCCAGUCGCCCUACAGCAGUGUCGAGCACGCCGUUGCGGUCUUCAACUGGACGCAGGCUCUGUCUCACCUUCUAUCUGAGGCAAUAUCGUGCGCGAACACCGAGUGUCCCGCAUCGGAGGCCCUCGACGUCGUGGAGUACGACAAGGAGAAUUGGAUUGCAGACGCUCCCCACGAUCUUGAGAACAGCCUCCAGUUGGUAUACGCAUCGACUCGCAAGCCGUUCGAAGACUGUGGGGUCGCUCCGUCAAGCUUGAAGCUCGUGGACGACAGCAUACGUCUUACCACGUAUACCCCUGAAACUAUCGCGCUAUCAUCUCCCCCAAGGCGCAGCUCCACCACAAACGCCGUACGCCGCGAGCGUCCAUCGCCCUCAGCGAGCCAUGUUCGGCCCACCUUCUCUUUCACGCAGGUCUUCGGCCGCAAGGCAGCGCCACCUCGCAUCUCAGAAUACGCCCAAACGAUACCCUUGAUUCUCUCCCAGCCCUCGCGCCUGCUGCACUCCCCGAGGAAGCGCCUUCGCUCGAGUGAGGUAGACGAUUCUGGUGCUACUCCUUCGCACAAGAAGGCAAAGUCAAACACGGAGGAGGUCGUCCUGCCGGGGUCAUCUGGUUCAUACGAGGAUGCGCCCGCCACGACAGCGCCGCAAACAAUACAUUCUUCCGAGAUCUCGACAUCGAUGACCGACUCAAAGCGUCCUCAUACAGAAGACGGAAACUCUUCAGAUGCGCCUCAUCAAGCCAAGAAGGCAAAGGCACCUCGAGGGCAGGCUCGGGCAACCGCCGCCGGUCAAGCCGUCACGAAGAGAAGCCGCGCGCGCAAGGCCGUCGCUGCAACCCGCGCUGGCCCACCAGUUGCGGGCCCAUCGAAUCUGCCUGGGGCGAGGGCGCGCCGGAGUGAAACGGACAUGGAAGAGGACUCGGAAGCCGACGAUGCGCACGCAUCACACGGGAUGGAGGCGACGGCGGGGCGCACAAAGCGGGACCGGCGCACCAAGGCCCAAGUCGUGGCGGUCACGCGCACAGACCUUCCAAAGGUCUCAUGUCCCAUCGAGGGUUGCCUGAUCAUGUUCGACCCUCUCACACACGACGCAAACCGUGAUCACCUCAAGCUUCACUAUCCUGUGGGCGCGCUCGACAGUAGCGAAUCUCUGCUGUGUCUUUGGACAGAAUGCAUGAUGCAGGAGGGGAAGGGGAAGAGGAAGUGGUGGACGAAGACGCGGAAGCCGGGGAAUAAGAUGAUUACCCACCUCCAUCAGGAUCAUGUGGGCCGGGCGUACACUUGCCCCGUUGAGAGCUGCACCAAGUGGGCAUCGAGCCGGAGCGGGGACCUGCCGCAACACUUGGCCAGGAAUCACAAGGGUUGGCGACCGCCGUGA